AUGCAGUUGUAGACCAGCAGAAGCAGCACAGUGUGUUGGAGAAGUUCCACAUGCCUUGUUCCCCCCUUCCUAAACGUAUGAAGAUUGAAGCCUCCGGAGAUGUAGCGGUUCUGUCCACCACAUGCUUUUCUGAGGAAGACACACCCACAAAAGACAGUCUGCCCUUUUCUCCAUCUCUCAAAGACUUUUUGGAGUCUCCUUUGCGCUACCUGGAUACCCCAACCAAGAACCUGUUGGAUACUCCUUCCAAAGAGUUACAGCCAGAGUUUCCCCUUUGCAACUGUGUGGAACAAAUCUUGGAGAAAGAUGAAGGACCCUACUACAAUCAUCUGGGAUCUGGACCGACUGUUGCUUCUAUACGUACUCUGAUGGAGUCAAGGUAUGGAGAGAAAGGAGAGGCUGUUCGUGUUGAGAAGGUUGUCUACACAGGAA